GCGAAGCAAACGAGGACAACCUCCUCAUCCUUCCCAUAGCCCGGAUGACUUCAGUGCGCGAGCGGGACAAGCUAAAAGACAGCGGGCAACCAGAAGGCAGUUUGGAAUGGCAGGGAGCAGGCAAGUCGUGGUGGGCAAACCGAUGCUCAGUCUUUCUUGUCGCAACGAACGGUAACCACGCGCUCAACUUGACUAUCCGUAGGAAUAGUAAGGUAACGAGUAAUCGCGAGGACGACUUCAAAGUAAAAGUGGAAGUCAAAGGAGUGUAAGAAGCUGGGAAGCAGGCUUCGCCACUUCGCAGGGAAAAUGUGGCUCGCGAGUAACCCACAUCAGUUUCAAGUACGCUAGUCGAUCGAGCCAGGAGGAACUGGAAGUAGAAGUAUACCGAGAAACGGAAGUGAUUAGGGGAACAAUGAAAUUUUGGCAUUCCCUGCUGUUACUGGUCAGCGCGGAGAUUCUACUGCCAGCAACCGACUGCGCCGACAAGAACUCGAAGAUAUCGAAACGUGCGAAACCCCUGGACCCGGAGGAGGAUGACUAUUACUACGACGACGUAGACGAGAGGAACAAUCCGACGAACGAGGCGCCGGUUGUGCCUCCAGGAUUCCUCAGUCCCUCGGUUCGAGAGUAUCUCGAUCUCGGUAAAUCGAUACCCGGUCGACCAGGGACCGACUACCCGGUUCUGGGCAAAGUGCCCUACACGAAUUUCUACUGCGACGAUCAGCCUUAUCCUGGCUUCUUCGCCGACGUGGAGACUCGAUGCCAGGCCUGGCACUACUGCGACAUAGACGGCCGCCAGGCGACGUUUCUGUGCCCAAACGGGACGCAAUUCAGCCAGGCGGUCUUCGUCUGCGACUGGUGGUUCAACGUAAGGUGCGAGCUGAGCCCCAAGCUCUACGCAAUCAACAGUAGACUCUACCAGAGACCCACGGAGAGUCCCACAAGACCUCACCGAGUCAUCACCAAGGAGCUUCUGGAGAAUAUAUUCGUCAAACGAAAAUGAGGGAACGAUUUCGUGGCUCUACCAAUAUCUAUCGUCUGCUGCCACGGCCAACGAUAACACCUCAACGCGUUUCGUGCCGGAGCGAUUUUUUGUUACCUUCCGAUCAGGCAGCGUGUACGACCCACGUGGCACGGACGUCUUAAAGCAUGUUCACCCUCUGUCGGGCAGAGAGAAAGAGCGUCACGGAACAUCGAGAUUCAGCUUGGAUAAGGAAAACGUACAAAACGCCCGAGGCCAAACUCACUGAGAACAAGAAAUUAAAACGGAUAGCUCGCACUCGGCUGUCUAUUAAAACUUCCGCCUUCCGGCUUACCUCAGCGCCAAGCAUGUUUCCCUACUUGUUUCAGCCAUCAUCGUCACUUGUGUUUUCUAUGGGUCUGUCGGCCAGUGCGAAGUAGCAAUUAGCAACGAAUCGGACAGUGCGAGGCGUCCUUUUACAUACUAAGAGACACGGGAGACUACAAUUUAGCGAUUUAUGCGAACGCGCAUUUGUAAAGGCAGACUCGCAUAUCCGAGUGAUAACUUUAGCUUAAUUGUUCGCGUACAAGUGUCCACGGGUCAGGAGUAUCUUCGCGACCUAAAGGCUAUUGAACCCGGCGUGCCCGAGGUUGGCUAUGACGGACCCAAAGUGUCAUGCUCCGUGGGAAAUUCUUUACACCUCGCGCAGCCCGGGUUUUCAAGGUAGUCGACGAUUCCGUCGGCACUCGUAAAAAAAAAAAAAGUCUGGGCGAUACUGUGGCCACUGUGGAAACGCCAUCAAAGCCACGGAGAUAUAAGCGAUUCGUUGUACCAUUAAUCUUUUCUUUAAUCGAGGACGAUAUCAGUUUAUUCAGUUUAUGAAGAUAUUACCAUUUUUUGGUAUGCACCUCAAGACUCGCGUAUAUGAAAUAUUAUGGAUUUUCUAAAAAAUUCAAUAACGCACUUCUAAUCGAAGUGUCAGACUUAUACUCAGUCGCAGAGAUUCGUUUGAUAUUGAUAAUUUGUCCAAUGUUUGUAUUUUCAUGUGUCGGCCAUGCGUUAGGCUUAGUUGUUGUUGUUAUGGGAUACUUCAUUAUAUUAAUUGCAGUUGCUAAGCAUACUUAGUCGUAAGUAAUACAGAUUUUUCUUUCUUUAAAUCUGUACGGUCGAAUCGUUACAGUAAUCGAUAUCGUCGUCUUACCAAAUAUCUCCGAUACAAGCAAUCCGAACCAUUAUCUAGCUUAUAUCGUAAGAGUAUUCUACAAUGUAAGAACACUAAAAUCAAACGAUACCAAACCGAUUGCAGUGAAGUUAACGAAGGCAAAAAAGCAUAGAUGCAUCUUUACGAUCCUUUAAGAACCACCAGUAGUGAAGCACAUAGCGUUUUAGUAAGAUAUGUAUUAAUGAUCGAUCGUUGCCACUGGCCUAAGGAGCCGUAAGUUCUUUUAGUUGAAAAAAAGGAAUUUUUAAAAAAUCACCCAAAAGAUCAAUCUUGGGUGAAAGAGUUGUAUUAAAAAAAUAUAUAUAUCAAAUAAAAUGAA